AUGGAGCCAGUAAGCCUGUCAUUUAAAAAGCGAAUCAUGACUGAUUUCGCCAUUGAUCUACUGAAGCUCACACCAGUGGAUGAAAAUGUGGUGAUCUCUCCUUUAUCCCUCGUUGCUGCUCUGUCCAUUCUCGAAAUCGGGGCCGGCGGAGUUACAAAAAGCGAAAUUACGAAGACUUUAGGAAGAGAGUCACAGAGCGAUGUUCCGGAACUACUGAAGAAGCUUGCGGCGACUGAUGCAGUAACCAUGGCCAUAGCUACAAAGCUUUUCCUUGCAAAUGGUAUGGAAAUCAAUCAGGAGUACAACAACUCAAUAGGAAAAAAUUUUGAUGUUGCGGCUGAACCUUUGGACUUCAGAAAUCAAGCUCUGACAGUUCAGACUGUGAACAGCUUCGUUUCUGAAGCCACUCGCAACAUGAUUCCGUCCUUGGUGAACGAAGAUUUUCAUAAACCAGAUAUGCGAGCUUUUCUGGUAAAUGCUGUAUACUUCAAAGGACAAUGGGAAACACGUUUUUCACCUCAAGUGACUCAACCGGAUGAGUUCCAUGGCAUCAAAGGUGAUAGAAAGGAAUCGUUCAUGGCCCUUCACGCACUCAAAAACUGCCGAUUCACUAUCGGCAAUGGAGUUCAAGUGCUAGCACUGCCCUACAAGGACAAAGAGUACGAAUUUGUGAUCUUCUUGCCAUUGGAAGGUGUCAGUUUCGAAGAAUUUCGCUCUAACCUAAAUGGUCAAGUAAUGAAAGAAUUACUGCAACAAGCUGGUAAAGAAACGAACGGCGUGAAUAUCAGAAUCCCGAAGUUCAAGGUGUCAUCACAACCGCAGAUCAAGGAAAUGCUGCAGAAAUUAGGCAUCAAUCAUCUCUUCAGUGAUAAAUGCGAUUUGAAAGGAGUUUCAGACAAGGAGGAUCUGUACAUCGAUGAUGUCAUACAUAAAGCUGUUGUUGAGGUCAGUGAAGAAGGCACAAAAGCAGCUGCAGCAACUGGAAUGGUCGCUAAUCGCAUGCGUCGACCUAUGGUCGACGAAGCUGAACAAGGCCGUGAUCCCCUUGCUGAACAGUUGAAGGAAUUGAUGUUUACUUUACGUAACAUCUAUGAUGUCUUCAUUGCUGACCGACCAUUUGUUUACGGAAUCUUUCAUGGUUAUCAACCGAUACUCAUUGGACAGUACUGUUGAUUUGGACCUCGAUUUAUUCACCACUGUCGUUCGUCAAAUUUAUUAUCUCAUAUUCAGUCUUGCUGCAAAGCUCACGCAUGCGCACUAUGUUGGGAUGCAGUUGUUAAUCGCCUUCUUUAGUUUUUUCACUGUUCUAGUUUUUUCCUCAGUUUGUUCCCUUCUCAAUUCUCUAGCGGCUCGAGUCUUCUGGCACAAAUCGUCCCAAGCGAAAAAAGAUCGAUAGUCUCUUGACUGUUCGAUCCUCUUUUGGAGUUCAUGCAAACAUCAACACUCACUCGAUAUGUUGAACACAAUACGAUUUCUGUGUAAUAUCUACUGAUAUGGAAUGAUGCUGUCAUUGGCUCACCUACCUUCUACCUCGUUCAUGCAUUGUCAUCUCGGU